CACUUGCAACUUCCUCUGCAUAGUUGACGUCUUGUAUCCUUGCCUGGCUGGCCUUCUCCCCCGUCAUCUUCCAUCGUCUCCCGUCAUCACCAACCGUCAGCCUCUCUGCUGAUCUUUGUGGGUGAGUGGAGCAUUCUUUGUCUCUCAAAUCAUGGCGGACGUAUCAGGCAACAUGCUGAAGCGGCCUCACCCCGAGGACGAAGACAAGAACUCACAGAAAAGACCUCGUUCCAAUCAUGGAUCCCCAAUGCCCGCCCAAGGGGCGCCCGCCUCGGGCAAAGUUGACAUCGAGAAGAUGGUGGCCGAAGCAAGAGCAAAAGCAGAAGCUGUGCGUGCUAGACUGCAAGCCGCCAAAGGCAUAUCGCCAUCACCUACACCAGCUGCCUCGAGUGCCAGUCCGACGCCUCCUGCAGCUAGCUCUGCCAUGUCGAGAUUGGAACAGAUGAAGGCUAGAGUCGCAGCUGCUACCGGACGCGCCAACGCUGCAGCUCAGCAACAAAUUGUCCCCACGCCAGCCCCUCCACCUCCUCCGUUCGAAGAUGAAGAUGAUGGCUCGUCGCGAGCUCGAGGUGGCCUGGAUGUUGGACUUCAUCCCGCUUUGCUGGCCGAUACGCUUGAGUACCGCGGCGGAAAAGGACGACAGACUUCACUAUCGAAAAAUCGACGGACUGAAUCCCCAGCUACCGCAGGGAGGCCAGAUCGAGCCGGACUUGAUUUAUCUGGACCGUCUCUGGAAGAUAUCAAGAGCAACCCAUACUUCGACCCGAACCUUGGCCCGAAGGCAACAGUUGCAAAGCCACGACAGACGCGACAGCUCAUCUUCAACCAAAAGGGCAAGUACAUACAGCAGGCGGCUGCUCUCCGUCGGCAGGCCCAAUUGGAGGCUAUGAAGAAGCGGAUCGCAGAGAGAGCACGACAGGCGGGUAUUGAUGAAGACUUGGACGUGGAAAAGGCUUUCCUCGUGCCAGCCCCCCCAGCGAUGGAAUGGUGGGAUGAAGGUCUGGUGGAUGGCGAAGACUAUUCGGCCAUCGAAAAUGACCAGAAUCUCAAGAUUGAUACCCCCGAUUCGAUUAUCACGGUUUACGUCCAACAUCCGGUUCUCCUAGAUCCUCCGCAAGAAAAGCUUUUACCGGCACAGAAGCCCAUGUAUCUUACACCGAAGGAACAGGCCAAGAUCCGUCGCCAGCGCCGAAUGGCAGAUCUGAAGGAGCAACAAGCGAAGAUCCGGCUGGGUCUCGAGCCAGCUCCUCCGCCAAAGGUCAAGAAGUCUAACCUGAUGCGGGUUUUGGGCGAGCAAGCCGUUAAAGAUCCCACAGCCGUGGAAGCACGCGUGAACCGGGAAAUCGCAGACCGUCGUGAGAAGCACGAGACUGCCAAUGCGGAGCGCAAGCUUACGAAGGAGGAACGCCGAGAUAAGCUUGCCAGACAACAGGAGACUGAUGCUGAGAAAGGUAUCUUCAUGACUGUUUAUCGGAUCGAUAGCCUCGCCAACGGACGGAACCGCUUCAAAAUCAGUAAGAACGCCGAGCAGAACGCUCUCACUGGGGUGUGUGUUAUGCACCCUCGGUUCAAUCUUGUGAUUGUGGAAGGAGGCUCUCAUUCAAUCAACAAUUACAGGAAGCUCAUGAUGAACCGGAUUGAUUGGACCGAGAACGCAGGCCCAGGCGCUGUGCGUGAGGGCAACCGGGAAGCCCAAGCCUCGUGGCUAGCUGCUGAAGAUGAGCAAACCGGGGAUCUGAAAGAUCUUAGCUCCAACACAUGUGACCUCGUCUGGGAAGGUCAGGUCAAGGGCCGGGCAUUCCGCAAGUGGCUAGGCGCGCGAAUCUGUGAAACGGAUUCUCAAGCCAAGGAUGUCUUGGCUCGCGCGAAGCUGGAGAACUUCUGGGUUCUGGCCAAGAGCGCAAAACAGAGCGAGUCGUGAAUUCCCGUCCACUUGCAAUACUAUACCAAGACCCAUGGCAUUAUCACGCUUCUUUAAUUCCAAUUAUCUGUAUCAUACACCCUAAGUCUCCUUCAUGGUAACCCGGUAUAGCGUAACUUUUUAUUACCC